AUGGCUAAACAUUUGCCCGUAUCCAAAAGUGGGUGGAGACCUGUUGUCGGUUCUAGCGGACUCUUAUAUGGCUCACUGAACACCGCACCACUCCAUGCUCCUUACAAACAACCAAUCCAGGAAUACUAUCAAUCCACCGGACGGCCUGUUGCAGCCAGAGAUGUCACCAAACUAACUUCAAUAGCACAGUCAUACCGACCAACAACUUUACGGACGGUGCCAGUUUCUCCAGCCCAAAAUCAAGCAAUCAAUUCAUACCUCAAUCCAUUUGCUUUACCUAAUAAUGGUUUGUCUCAAUAUAAAUUCGGUCAGAAUUAUCCAGUCGAUAACAUAUUCAGAAAUACACACAAUCCCUACCUUUCACGCCCGGUUUAUCAACAGAAGCAACAGACAAAGCAGAAACUGCCUCAGCAAUACCAUAAUAACAUUCUCCAAACAUUGACUAGUGUCCAACCAAUUAAUUUUGGGCAGUAUUCUACACCGACUCCCAUAAAUAUUCUUGGAAACCCAGUCCAAGUUUACGCAAGACCUGAUGGUAGGCGACCACAGUCGGGCACUGAAAUCUACAAGCAAGAGGUGUAUAAAUUACAAGAUAAUGAUGCAGCAUCCCAGUCUGCAUCGCAGCAAGUUAAAACCGCUCAGCAGCAGUCCAUUGGUACCCUGAACAUUCCUAACAGACCUUACUUCCAAUACUCACUCCAGGAUUUAGCUGGAAUACAGCAGUUGCCUCCGAGCAUAAUAGGUUCUUUUGGACCUUUCGCAGUGCAGACAGUGAAAAAUAGAGACCCAGCAUAUCCAACUACAAAGGCUUACCAACAAUCUCAACAACCGAUUGCAACUAAACAGACUUACUUUACUGCAUACAACUUCCCACAAACCAGUAAAACUACUCCUACAAUUUAUUCAUCGACUCCAAAACUCCAACCGGCUCAGAAUCAGUUAUUCUUUAGCUCUACGUUUAAUGACUUGGCUAACGUACCCACGCCUCGAACCAAACCUAUAACCCCGACUAAAAUCGACCCGAAUUCUGGAAAGAAAGGCGGUGGCGGUGGUUUUAAGCCUAGCCCACAAGAUCCUUUCUCUAAGCAGCAGCAAACAGAAUUCAAUAAGAUCACAACGUAUAAUCCUCAAGCUACACCGAUUACACAGGUUACAUCUUCUCCUAAUCAAUAUUAUGAUCAGUAUCAAUAUAAUUUCAACAUUCCAAAUACACAGCAGUUAAAUUAUGAUCAGCAAACUGGAAAUAUUAACUACAAUCAGCAACAGCAAUUUUAUGAUAAUAUUGGCCUAAAUCAGCAAGUUAAUCAGCAAUACAUAAAUGCGCCCGGAGCAUCGAGCUUGUUUGGAGCUAUAAACUCGGUAUCAUAUCAACCGACAUAUGAAGUAACUGAUAAAGAAGCAGAUGAUGUAACUCAUGCGUCGACUGGAGGUUGGCUACCUGAUACUUACGAAACAAAUGAAAAAGUGACUGAAGAGACUAUAUCAAAGCCAGAACAUUCCAGUGCACUGUUCACUAACCCAACUACUGUAAUACCUGAACCACCGGAAGAAUACGCUAUUGUAACUGAACCAGAAAAAAACUAUGAAAAUGGAUAUAACUACGAAAGUAAUUACGACACUCAAAGCAGGCGACCAUUAGGCGAUGAUUUUGAGCCUAUCGGCCAACAUAAACUCAAAGAUUAUUACUAUAAAGUAUCAACCCCUUCAACAAGGCGUACCAAAAAACCGCCCAAAGUUAUACAAGAAGUGGUCACAGAGGCGACAGUUCUAAAAUAA